AUGUCUUAUAAGGACACAGAACAAAAGCCACAAAUUCGUGUACUUCACAACGCUUCUAUAAUUUCUGCUGUUUGCACUUCAGGACUAUCAGUUUAUAUUCAAGAGGUUACGAUUCAGGCAAUAAAAUUCGGAGAAACAGUUUCUAUAGUUUUCUGGACCGAGAAUUGGCAACCUGAUAGUUUUUAUGAUAAAAUUUUGUCCAACAAGAGGCGUGGUCUUCACACUUUGUGUCUUUUAGAUGGAAUGAAUGAUAUAAUUGAAUUGAACUCGCCUUGUGUUGGUUUUGCCAGAAUUGCUUAUAAAGAUAUGAAUUUUAAAUAUUCAACUCUCGAGGACAUUGGUUCGUAUGAUUUUGAAAUAACGCAAAAUUUAAGUUCUCUGUCUACAAAAGAGGACUUUUCCGAUCCUCCCAAACCUUCAAAAAGAAUUAAAACAAAAGCAAAACGUGGCCCUGCUGUCGAUUUUGCU